AGUUUUUGACUAUUGUAAGUCUAUUUCUUUUCUGUUAGAUCAGGUCUUCCACAUUCUCUUAUCAAGAACACAACAGAAAAGUAGCACAAACUGAUAUUCAUGGCUCAUUCCAAAGAAACAUGUUUUUGAGUUUUUCCAUUAUUGUGUUAAACGAAUGAUAAAAUAAUAUACUUUUUUUAGCACCCUAUAACAACAAAAUUCAUAUAAAUGUGAGGUAUUAAUGGAUCCAAAAAACAAUUCAUUGUAAAAUCCAUAAAAAAAAAAAUUACAAAACUUGAGGGUUUUUAUGGAAUUAACAACGGGGUUUUUACUUUCGAGCUGAGGAAAUACCUGUGGGCAGUAUCGAUUUGGUCAGCCCUGCACACAAGGAUCGUCGAAGAGCUGAGUCGUGUUGAUUUGUAGGUUUCUUCUACUUUCGAGUUGUCUGUGUUGCAUCAAAUCAACUAUUGAGAUUUGAGAGGCUUUGGUCAGGUUGUCAUUGUAAAUUUUUUUGAUUUGAAACCCACCCUGUAUUAGGUCACGAUUUAGGAAUUGCAACACAUCAAUCAGAUUCAGGGCCACAGAGUAGAAGGAAGAUUAGGGAAGUUGAGACUGAGAAACGAUUCUUCAGAUCUCCAAUCCAGAAACGGUCUCAACUCAAUCGCUCCUUUAUCACUGUCUCAGUCUCGCUGUUAUCGCAAUCUGACAAUCUCUUAUCUCCUUCAUCUCAAUUCAUCGCGAUUGGCUUCGGUGCUUCUUUGUGUAAUCGCCUACUUCAUUGAACUAUUGAAAUUUGAAGGAAUUGAAGAAAGAUUGCGCUUUGAAUGGGUACACGAAAAAUUGGGAAUGUUGGACUUCCAUUGAUGAAUAUUAUCAAAAUGAAGGGAGUACCCAUCCUGCACCAGUUACACAUGGAGGAGUGUCUUCUUCGAACCUCAUCAGACAAUUGGUGCAUCAUUAAUGAUGGGACAGAUAAACCCAAUAUAGUCAUGGGGAUUUCUGGGAAACCUAGUGAACUUGUUGAAAUUACCCCUGUGAUACAAGAUAAAAUCCCUGUGAUUCGAAGGUUUACUGGUGGUGGGACAGUUAUAGUUGAUGAUGGAACAAUAUUUGUUUCAUUUAUAUGCAACAAAGAUGAUGUUCCUCAUGUACAACCAUAUCCUAGACCUAUCAUGUCAUGGAGCAGCUUGUUGUACUCUAAAGUCUUCCAUGGAGUUGCUGAUUUCAAGCUUCGUGAGAAUGAUUAUGUAUUUGGUGUCCGAAAAUUCGGAGGAAAUGCACAAUCAAUUACUAAAAAUCGGUGGAUCCAUCAUACGUCUUUUUUGUGGGAUUACAAGACACAUAACAUGUCGUAUCUUAAGCUUCCAAAACGGGCCCCUGAAUAUCGACUGGCGAGGGAUCAUCUUGAUUUCAUCUGUCCCAUAAAGGACUAUCUUUCAAGAUCAGAUUUCAUUAGCAAAACCAUUGAUGCAUCAGCAACCUAUUUUUCACUUACCUCAACACAACCUCCGAUAAAUCUUGAAUUCAACCCCACAUCAAAAUUACUAACGAGAGUGGAAUUAGAGGCUUCAGCAAUCAAAUCGUUAUAAAAGAAAAGGGUAGUUUUGACAUUUUGGUGAUGAAACAGUAAACAUGGAGAUCAGUUAGAAGUUGGAGAGAUGAAGAAGAUGGUGGUUAAAACUUGUGCAAAUCACCAGUUUUGUUACAUUGAAUUUGAAAUUAAAUACAAAAUUGAUAUUUAUUGUGAUCAUACCGAUUUGUUUUAAUAAA